CUGCUGAUAGGCGAGUAGGUACAGUACCGGCGAAGGCGAGAUGGUAGCUGAGGCCAGGGAGGGGGUGUUGCCCGCAGAACCCGAAGCGCUAGAUCUUGACCGAGACCUCGUCAAGCGCGGUCGCAGCACCGAGUUCCCAUGGCUUCUAGGUGGUGUCGAUGCGCCAUGGGUGAAGGCUCCGGAUCUUCCGCCAGAGACUGUGUCUCCAGCCGCUCUAACCCUCGACAUUAGAAAGAUGACAGUGCAAGCUCACAUAAGCAUUGACCAGCCUGCGUGUGCGCUGUUCACUACUAACACGUGCAUAGGAGAGAUGAUGGAUGAGGAGAGGAAACAGGGAGAGGAGGCGGAGCAGAAGAAGAAGGAGAAGGAGAAGGACUUCGAUGAUAACGCCAGCAUCACGAGCAACAAAUAUUCGUUACCUCUGCUUGAUAGGAAGUUCUUCCAGACCAACUGGUAGACGGCGACUACUUCGACUGUUAGCAUAGCGAAGGAGAACGGAAGUUGUGGUGCAUUGUAGCGUUGGGCGGGCACGUGAGGAAU